GUGGUGCUUAACGGUUUGAAUCUCCUUGAUUCGCUGUCGUCCUGAAGUGUUCCGAAAGCUCUGGCGCCAAAAUCUCAUUCUUUGAAAUAGAUCCAAAUCAACCAGAAAAAACCUUCAUUCUUGGCAACUAAAUUUAAUUCAAGCAAAUUAUCCAAUGAACGAAGACGACGUUCAACGCCAAUGUCAAUUCUCGUCCUGCACGAGCUUCCUGCAUCGGAUCAUUGAAUCCCAGAAAACAUGAUUGAAUGUCGUCGUUUACUUCAAGACGUUCAAUCCCAAAUGCCAAUUCUGAAAUGACGAAGGCUAAUUCCGCCGCCCUCAGCCCCCCACUCUCCACAGACCCCUGGCCUGAUAAUUCUGUCAAGAAUGACCGCAAGAAGAAGUCUAUUCUUCCUAAGAUUUUCGGAUCAAAGCGAAGCGGGAGAGGCUCUGAUGAGGACGAGUUCAAAGCGGAUAUAGAUAGAAUCGCUCAAUUUCCUGAUUUAGAGAAGGUGGUUGAUUCGAAGAGAAAAGCAUUCGCGUAUGCGUCCCCUACAUCCCCUGUUAUGAGAAAGAGUUUCUCAGGGGAGACGAGCCCAGCGAUCGAAGGCCUAAACCUGUCCAACUUCGAGCAGCCUAUGACUCCCACUACUGAAAUUCAGACUUUCAGGAUGUUUGUUGCUACAUGGAAUGUUGGAGGAAAGACACCGAACCAAGGCCUCAACCUUGAAGAUUUCUUACUGGUGGAGGGCUCCGCAGAUAUAUAUGUCUUGGGGUUUCAGGAAAUUGUCCCUCUGAGUGCAGGCAAUGUUUUGGUAAUUGAAGAUAAUGAACCAGCAGCGAAGUGGCUGAGUCUGAUUAAUCAAUCACUAAAUAAACCCAAAAAUGUCUGCUUGGACAGUUCCUCCGAAUCUGGAAAUGUUUCCAGAACCUCAAUACAAAACAACUCGAAGGAGUCGACAAAGCCCCCAGGAAGUCUGAAUUUCUUUCAGAAGCCUUCCCUUAAAGUUCUGAGUAGAAACUACAGAGCAGAUAGCAGCCUGCUCAAGACUUGCAAUUGUUCUCUGGAUUCACCUUCCAGAGAGGGACGAAGGCUAAGAAAACGUAAUGACCUGAUGAGUAAAUUAGAUCCUCCAUUGUAUCGUGAUCCUUCCAUGGAUCAGUUCCUCUCAAUUGCAGAAAUACCACCUCCUCCAAAAGAAACAAAAUACUGCCUCAUAUCGAGUAAGCAGAUGGUUGGGAUCUUUCUUUCCAUAUGGACCAGAAAGGACCUGGUUCCUCACAUCGCUCAUCUCAGAGUAGACUCAGUGGGAAGAGGAAUCAUGGGUUGCCUUGGCAACAAGGGUUGCAUAUCAGUUAGCAUGUCAUUGCAUCAAACAACUUUUUGUUUCGUUUGUAGUCAUUUGGCUUCCGGGGAGAAAGAAGGUGACGAGCUGAGGAGGAAUUCCGACGUGGCCGAGAUCCUCAAAAGCACACAAUUCCCUAGGAUUGGUAAGAAUCCUUGUCGUCGAGCGCCAGAAAAGAUAGUUGACCACGAUCGAAUAAUAUGGCUAGGAGAUUUGAACUACCGGAUUUCUUUGAGUUACGAUGAAACAAGAUUCUUGCUGGAAGAUAAUGACUGGGACGCGCUGUUAGAGAAAGAUCAGUUGAAUACGGAGAGGGACGCAGGAAGGGUCUUCAACGGAUUCGACGAGGGACGGAUCAUGUUCGCUCCCACUUACAAGUAUUCACAAAAUUCAGAUUCAUACGCUGGAGAAACUGUCAAGUCCAAGAAAAAACGACGAACACCCGCCUGGUGUGAUAGGAUAUUAUGGCGUGGGAAGGGGAUUGAACAACUAUCAUACAUAAGAGGGGAAUCCAGAUUUUCUGAUCACAGGCCUGUGUGCGCGGUGUUUGCUGUGGACGUGGAAGCAAGGAGCAGAAACAAUGUGAUGAACAGGUUCAGGAAGGGCUAUUCCUAUGCUUUUCCAAGACUUGAAUACGACGACACUUGCAUUCCUCAAAGGCAUAGUUUCUAUGAUUAGUCCCCCCCCCCCAACUUCAUUAGGCUAUACAUACAUAUAUAUAAUAUCUACAAUCUCUCAUCUCUGUGUCGUUCCUGUGAAUUUCCCUCCUCCCAUAGAGUUUCCACCUAACAAGAUAAUCAAAAUUUAAAAGGCUUCUAAGUUGCGAGGAGUGAUUAAUGCUCUGCAAUUUUCAUGUCCAGACUCCAGAGGCAUUGUCGAUGUACGUUAUACAUCAUGUAAAUACUAACACGACUGAAUAUUGAUCA